AUGCCAACCACUUCUGACGAUAGCCUGUCUAAACAUAGUGUGGCGGACUCGGUGGAGGCCAACGAUACCAUUUCGCCAUACCAAAUCCACGCAUUACAUGCGACAAAUACACAAACCUCACAACGUUCUGAGCAAACGUCCCGAUUAACGAGGUACAGGACGGGUCAAUCUGAACUAUCACGAAUAUUAACUGGUAUACGAGACGACCAGCAGCUAGAUGAACAAGAAGACAAAAGUUAUAAAGAACGUGGUGAGGCUGAAUACAUAAUAGCUCAGGAGAUAGAUCGUGCAAUUAGUCGAAAUGCCAGUCGUGCGCAGAGUCUAGACAUAGAGGAACAAAAGUCGACUCAAGAAAGUGCUAUUGAGGAGGUGUUGGAGAAAGAAGAGGGCAAUGUUGAUGACUACCCCACGGAUGGAAAUUUUGCCUGGUUAAUGUCAAUUUGCGCGAUGUUGGCUUCAUUUUCUACAUGGGGUGCCAAUGCCGGGUAUGGUGUCUUUUUAAACUAUUAUUUGAACUCGGGUACUUUUCCCGAGGCUACUGAAUACGACUUUGCAUUGAUUGGUGGUAUUGUUGUUUUUCUUGCUAAUUUCCUAUCGCCGUAUAGUGCCGUACUACACAAGGUUCUUGGGUUGAAAUUGGUAUUUGCAUUGGGACUUGCGUUUCAAACGCUUGGAUGGAUCGCUGCAUCUUUUGCCACCAGAGUUUGGCAUUUAUACUUGUCGCAGGGAGUUGCUGUGGGAAUAUCGUUUUCCCUCAUUUUCAUUCCUUCGACUUUAGCGUUGCCCACUUGGUUUGUGGAAAAAAGGGCCACUUCAAUGGGGAUCUGUGUUUCUGGUGCUGGGUUGGGUGGGUUGAUUUUCUCACUCAGUGUGAACAAGGUUAUUCAAGACACUGGUGACCAGAGAUGGGCUUUGAGAAUGGUUGGGUUUGUUACGUUGUUUGCUGUUGCUGUGGUCAUCUUAGUAAUGAGACCUAGAAGGUCACUACACCCGCCCCCACCAAUGAGACAGAGAUUGAGUCGAACAUUCAUCAAGGAUAGUUUUAAAGUCAUUUUUGAUCUUCGAGUGGUAAAGAAUUAUGGUGUUCAACUUGUUGCCCUUUGGUUCGCCAUUGCAUUGAUUGGAUAUACGUUGAUGUUGUUUACAGUAUCAUCGUAUGCUACUUCAAUCGGCUUGUCACAUGAACAAGGAUCAGCGUUAACUGCGAUAAUGAACGCAGCUCAAGUUGUUGGAAGGCCCUCGAUGGGUGCCGGUGCUGAUCGGUUGGGCCGUUCGAAUUUCACUGCCAUUAUUUGUUUAAUAAUUGCAAUACUCUUGUAUGCGUACUGGAUCAAUGCAAAGACAUAUGGUGAAAUGAUUGGCUUUGUGGUGCUUGUUGGUUUCAUUGUUGGUGUCGGGUCAUCUAUGGCUCAGCCUUUGGCUGCCGAUGUUCUUCAAGGAGAAUUGGAACAGUUACCAGCAGCUUGGUCGUCGAUCAAUAUCUUCGUGUCAUUCUUUUGUCUUGUUUCUGAAGUGAUCGCAUUGGCUUUGGUUGUCAAGGGCGCCGCUAAUCCUUAUUUGCAUACCCAAAUAUUUGCUGGAAGUUGCUUUACCGCUUGUUUCUUGAUCAUGUUGGUGUUGCGAGAACAUUUAGUGAAGAAGAUAUUACAGUCACGUCUUGACGCCGCCAAAACUAAACUUGAUCACAUUAACGGUAAUGUCACGACACGUGGGUAUUUAAAAGACACUGACAAGGAUAUUAAUAUCGAAGAUGAAGAAGAGGUUUUAUUAGACAGAGUCGAAAGGUAUGAGCAUUUAUUACGAAGGUCGGUUUUCGCAUUUUUUGGUAGAAUUGUAUAUCCAAUUAAAGUUUAA